GAGUUGGGACUUUACUUGCCUCAGGCGCCAGUGGACAGUGACGACGAUGAUGAUGAGGAGGAAGUUGCAGCUCAAAACAGUCGACAGUCGAUACCAAUGGACCCGGAUCAUGUGGAGCUGGUGAAGAGGACCAUGGCUGCUAUCCAGUUGCCGAGCCUGGGGAUCCCAACCUGGGCCAGGGAGAUCUCAGAAGAGCAAUGGCAGAAUGUUGUUCAACGCACGAUCCAGACAAGGCAGGGAGUGGGGGCAGAUCAGAACUAGGGUGUCUGUAGCCCUUGAUUGACUCCUGACGAUGUGGCUGGACUCCGCAAUUGAACCAGUUCCACCUUUCAGGACCCAGAUACAUUUCUGGAAGCUGAUUGUUUAUUGUCCCCCCCAGUAAGUCUUGUGUCCUGGUCUGCUCCUCCUCCGAUAAAAGCUGCAGCCUCUAAAAGUGACUGCAGUGAAUUUGUGCCAAUUGCAUUGUUACCAGGUUCUCAAUCUAAGGAGCAGUGACUUUGUCCUGUGGCAUUUAACUAUUUCCAGUUAAGGUCAAACAAUCAUUGAGAAGCCAGAGGACUGGAGGGUUAGGGUUGUAAAAAAAAUUGGUUACAUUCUCUACUGGUGGGGAAUGAUGAUUUUUCUAUAAUUGAAUUUUAAUUUCCAGAUUUUGGGAAUGAUUGUAUUUAGUUACUCUAAUGAUUUUCAAACCUAAUUUUGUACCAGUUACAGGUCUAGUCACAGAUCUGCACUUUCCAAACACGAAACACCAUGACCCUUUUUCCCCAUUCUCAGCAGUGCUGCUCUGUUACAUUGGGCUAUGUAUAUGUUCCACAGGGCAGUGGGACAGCAGGUCCUUGAAUAAAGUCAGGAAUGCGACCACAUCAUCACUUUACUGAGACUAGGCUGUUGCAUUAUAUUUUACUUCAUAAUAAUGAAAUAUCACUUUUGAUGUAGCCUUGGCAGCGCCCUGGGACGUCCUCCCGACGUGAAAGGCGCUAUACAAAUGUAAUCUUGAUGUAGGUUUCUCAUUCCUUGAUUUUUUGAAACUCCACACUGUCCAAAGGAUUUUGUAAUAAUGAGCUGCUCUCUAUCUUCUCGAAAAUGCAUGCAUUUUAAAGGAAACUAAGCCACACUGCGGCUUGAUCCUGGUCUUUGCUGAGCUCAGCUAUAGCUGUUUUUUUGGUCAGCUGGGUGUCUGACACAUGUGGAAACCCAUCACCACACUUAAAGAGUAUCCAAACCAAAUAGAAUUCCAUGCAUCCCAUCUACACAUGGAAAUCCCAGAUAGAUUGUUGGAAUGCACACACUCUCCCUAAAGGGGCACAUCCUGCUUACCUAAUUCCAAAAAGUAUUAGGUGCAGGUUGGGGACCCCAGAGUGUGUGCUGGGGUAACUGCUGGGAGUCUACACCAGCUAAACCCACUAUAGCAGCAGUGGGUGGUGGAGCAAAGUGCUACUCCUCACCUUAAUAAAUGGGAGGGAAUCAGCUAGUGCUUUGAAUUGCUGAUGGUAGUAUCCUCUGGAAAAUGGCCCAGAACUGCUCAAACCUAACAACACAGGCUUCAUAAUAAGAACCAAUGGCUUUUCUUCAAGGAGACCCAGUUUAUUUUUGUUCUGUACAUACAUGAACAUCUGUACAAAAUAUGACAUUUGAUACUAUGUGAUGCUCUACCUAAAAUAAAGUACAGCAUAUGUACAAUAUUAACUAAGCA